AAGAGUCAAAUUAUAAAUAUAAUAAGCCAAAUAAUUAUGAAUUUGAUGAUAAUAAGCCAGAUGAUAAUGAGUUGAAUAAUGGUAAGCUAGAUAAUAAACUAAAUAAUAAUAAACUAGAUAAUAAAAUUGAUAAUAAUAAACUAGAUAAUAAAAUUGAUAAUAAAUUAGAAGACUUUGAUUCAAAUUAUAAUAAUAUUGAUAUAAAUAACUGUAAAGAAAUGCAAAAUAAUAAAGUAAUAGAAAUUGAUUAA